AUGGUGCUGCUGUUAACUUGGGCAGCAAAGGGGGUGUCAUAGCCCUUCUGCAGCAGGAGGCAGGUGACCACAUUGUGCCAUUCCACUGUAUGCCUCACAGAUUGGAAUUGGCAAUGUUGUCAGUUCAGAGGGACAUUCCAAUGAUCAGGCAGUUGUAUGACCUUCUCCAUUUAAUUUGGAAGAUGUAUCAUUUCAGCCCAAAAUCAAUGAGAGAGCUCAGGGUCAUUGGGGCUGACUUGGGAGUAAAUGUGCUGGUGCCCAGUGGGGUGAAGGGAACAAGGUGGCUCCCACAUGUUUCAAGAGCCCUGGAGACCUUUCUGAAACCAGGCCAGUUCACUACUGUGUACCGCCACAUGGACUAUUUGGCAGGUUCCUCUGCCAAUGCAGACAUUGCAGGUCGAGCUACAAAGGUUAAGAAAUCAAUGGAAGAUGCCACUUUUGUGGCCUUUUGCCAUUUUAUUACAGAUGUGUUCAGUGGCAUUAGUAAGUUUAGCCUCCUACUUCAAAGAAAUGAUGUCAUCCUACCACAGGUCGUUUGCAGCCUGGAACAACUGCUGGUGACCACAGAGGUAAUGGUUGCAAGACCCAAGCCUCAUGGAAGACUGUCAGAGUUCCUGACUGAUAUGAGGCUGCAGAGGAGGCAGCAGGAUAAAGAGGGUGACAUGGCAGUCUACAAAUUCCAGACAAUAACACUCAAAGGAGAGGCAUCAAAUCUGGCUGAAGAUGGUGUUGCUGCCACUAAACUUAAAAAAGUAAUGGAUGCAACAAUCAAAUCCACUGUGAAAAAUCUGAAAGCAAGAUUCAGUAGUCUCCUAGAGGAGAGUGCUUCUGAGUCAGCCACAACCAAAGCUGUCAAAUGCUUCAACAUUUUCAAUCAUGAUAGCUGGCCAGAGAACAAAGAGGAUUUAGUGGACCAUGGUGCUGAUGACCUUGCUUUUCUCUUGGAUCACUUCUCCACAGUCCUGAGAAGAAAUGGUGUAAAUGCAGAGCUUGCAAAAGAAGAGUUUGUAAGUUUGAAGCUGUUAAUUGCCAAGAUGUUCAAAGACAAGACCUACCUCAGCCUUUGGGAGCUCAUGUUGACCAGAGAGCCGUACUGCUCAGAGUAGAAGAACAUCCUGCAUCUUGUACACAUUAUGCUGGUCCUACCUGUCUCAGCUGCGGUAUGUGAAAGAGGGUUCUCUGCACAGAAGAGAAUUAAAUCAGACACAAGAGCAUCCCUUCAUCCAGAGACAGUGGAUGACCUGAUAAGAAUCAGUGUGGAGGGGCCAAGUCUGGAAGAUUUUGAUGCUAGAGAGAGUGUGGCAAGCUGGUUCACCCAAGGUGAAAGAUCAAGAAGGCCAAAUUACAGGAGCUGGCCAUCUGAGGGGCAUGUGACUGCAAUGGAGGACAGUCCAUAAGAUAACAAGUUGUUCGGAUAUUGAAAUGUUCAGAUUGAAGCCUUUGACACUUUGAGUAACUUUUUAAUUUAGAUGUUUUUUUUAUUUAAUAUAUCUUGAGAUGUUUUAAAUUUCUUUAAUGUUGAAAUUUCAGCUCAGUGAAGAACUUUAAGCACAAGCAUGUUUAAGUAAUCUUUCUUGUAGAACUUUGCUACAAAUAAAGAGCUUUGUGUUGAAA